AUGUCAGACCUGGUCUCAAUUUUCCUCCAGCUCCUUCUCUUCAAGUUGGUUGCCCCGGUGACCUUUCGCCACCACCGCUAUGAUGACCUCGUGCGGACGCUGUACAAGGUGCACAAUGAAUGUCCCCAUGUCACGCGGGUUUACAGCAUUGGGCGCAGUGUGAAGGGAAGACACCUCUACGUGCUGGAAUUCAGUGACUACCCUGGAAUCCACGAGCCCUUGGAACCGGAAGUCAAGUAUGUGGGGAACAUGCACGGCAACGAGGUGCUGGGCCGCGAGCUGCUGCUGCAGCUGUCGGAGUUUCUGUGCGAAGAGUUCCGCAACAGGAACCAGCGCAUCGUCCGGCUGGUGGAGGGCACGCGCAUUCACAUCCUGCCGUCCAUGAACCCCGACGGCUACGAGGUGGCCGCCGCCGCCCAGGACAGGGACAUUUCUGGGUAUCUGGUUGGCAGGAACAAUGCAAACGGAGUGGACCUGAACCGCAACUUCCCUGACCUCAAUACCUACAUCUACUACAAUGAGAAGAACGGAGGCCCCAACCACCACUUACCCCUUCCAGACAACUGGAAAAAUCAGGUGGAACCCGAGACCCAGGCAGUGAUCCAGUGGAUCCGCUCCUUCAACUUUGUCCUUUCAGCCAAUCUCCAUGGAGGGGCAGUGGUGGCCAAUUACCCAUAUGACAAGUCCCUUGAGCACCGGGUCCGAGGUUUCCGCCGCACUGCCAACACCCCCACGCCUGAUGACACACUUUUUCAGAAGCUGGCCAAGGUCUACUCCUAUGCACAUGGAUGGAUGCACCAAGGUUGGAACUGUGGGGAUUACUUCUCAGAUGGCAUCACCAAUGGGGCUUCCUGGUAUUCUCUCAGCAAGGGAAUGCAAGACUUUAAUUACCUCCAUACCAACUGUUUUGAGAUCACGCUGGAACUGAGUUGUGACAAGUUUCCGCGGCAAGAGGAAUUACAGCGCGAGUGGCUGAGUAAUCGGGAAGCCCUAAUUCAAUUCUUGGAACAGGUACACCAAGGCAUCAAGGGAAUGGUGCGCGAUGAGAAUUAUAAUAAUCUUGCGGACGCUGUCAUUUCUGUCAGUGGGAUUAACCAUGAUGUCACUUCAGGUGACCAUGGAGAUUACUUCCGGCUGCUGCUUCCAGGUACCUACACUGUCACUGCCACAGCACCCAGGUUUGACCCAGAGACAGUGAGUGUGACCGUGGGUCCUGGGGAACCCAAACUGGUUAAUUUCCAACUCAAGAGAAGCACCCCUCCAGCAGCCCCUAAGAGGAGAGGCCCCAACUCAGGGCAUAGAGGCAGAGUCUUACCAAAGAAAGUACAGCCCCGGGCAGCUAGGAAAAAAGAGAUGAUGGUGAAACAGUCCCAGAGAGUCCCUGCCUGA